AUGAUCGAGUUUAUAAAAACUCCAGAAAAUCUCAAAUAUCUUGACAUAAACCAAAUAAAUAACAAUGAAAAUAGAUAUUUUAAAGAGGAUUUAUUAGAUAAUUCAUAUAUCCGUCCUUUUUCCCGCUCAAAAAUUGUUACACCAGGAGAAUUUAUUACUGAUGAUCCUCAAUUUAUGAGAGGACAUGGAACAUAUACGGACGAGAAGAAUAUAGUGUAUGGAUCUGUUGCAGGGACGGUUCAGCGUGUAAAUAAGCUUAUAUCAGUGAAACCAUUAAGAUCAAGAUAUCUUCCAGAAAUUGGAGAUCUUGUAGUUGGAAAGAUUGUCAAAGUUGGUCAUAAACGUUGGAAAGUUGAUAUUGGAUCAAAACAAGAUGCAAUUCUUAUGUUAUCGUCUAUCAACCUUCCAGGAGGUAUUUUGAGAAGAAAAUCAGAGACAGAUGAAUUACAGAUGAGGACAUUUUUUUCAGAAGGGGAUUUAUUAGUUGCAGAAGUGCAAACAUUUUAUUCAGAUGGAGGGGUAUCACUACAUACAAGAUCUCUUAAAUAUGGCAAGCUUCGGAAUGGGUUAUUUAUACAGGUGCCAUCUAAUUUAAUUAUGAGAUCAAAUGUUCAUUUAUACAAUUUACCAAAUGGAACAGAUGUGAUUUUAGGGACGAAUGGGUAUAUAUGGGUGAGUAAACAUAUAGAAAUUUCUUUAGGAAGGCAGGGAGUUAGUAUUACACGAUUAGAAGAAGAAGCAUCUGAAACGAUUUAUUCAAAUAUUAAUGAUGAAAUUGAGCCAUAUAUUUUACAUGAAAUAGCUCGGGUGUGUAAUGUUAUCAAGGUGCUAGCUGCUCGUAAAGUUAUAAUUAAUGAAAAAAUGAUUCUUCUUGGUUAUGAAGCAUCUAUAAUAUAUGAAGAUGCAUCUGCAUUGUUAUUACCUUCUGUUCAGGAUAAAAUAUAUGCAGAAAUAAUAUCUAAAAAGUAG